AUGUCCGACAUCCUCGAGAACGUCAAAGACGCCGUCAACCCCAAGCGGCGCGAAGAAGCCACGAUCCCCGAGUACGACGCGCAGAAGCGCGGCCCGUACACCGCUAGCGAGGGACAGCAGCCCGAACAAGUGUCCCCGCCCCGGGCAGAGCAGACCGACCUCAGCAGUGCAGGUGCAAAUGCGGGCCACACACGACACAGCGGCUCCCUCUUCAGUCAGAAUCUAAACGCAGCCGAGGACAACACCGGGUUCAAUGCGCCCGAGGGCACCUACGGGCCACACAAGUCGCGUGUUGCCAACGCGCUCGAUCCCCGCGUCGGCUCGAACCGCGACGGCAAGCCCAGCCACGGCGUAAGCGGUUACGGAGAGGCGACGGCGCAGAAACCGCUGCAUAAAGAGGGGGGUGUGAAAUACGAGCUGUCUUAAGCAAGGGAAGUGGGUCAAUUGGGAUGAAGAGUGAAAGUCAUGAGCGGCUGGUGAUGGUUUGUCUUUGCGAAGGGGGGGCUGAAUGCUUGGGGGGAUUAGCGUUGCUCAAUAGUAGUUACUGUCGAGGGUCAUGAUUUUCGGAAUUUCUGCCGAAAUUUGGGUGCUUAGGGUUGAUCUAAUCUAGUAGUAUGCUGCCGUAAACAGAGCUGAUACCCACACAGAGAAUGCUAUCAUCUAAGUCUGUUGUUAGACACUCUUAUUAAUCUCUAUC